UCAAGUAGUGACUCCAGACUCCACCUGUAUCUCUGACAGGUAAGGAGUCAGCCUCGAGGGACAAAUCCACCUCCACACCUUAGAAUAACUGACAUCCUCCAACAAACUGUGGGUGAAGCAGCAAACAAGGAUAACUCCACAAGACAAACUCAUUUGUCCAUUCAUUUUCUGUGACCACAUGAUUUCAGGACCAGGACCAGAGAGAGGCUCAGGGGGUCUGGUUCAGUCUGCUGCUGCAGCAAUGGUCCAUGGGAAGGUGUCGUCUCCGGAUGGCGGUUGGGGCUGGGUGAUCGUCGGCUGCUGCUUCAUGGUGACAGUCUGCACACGAGCAGUGACCAGGUGUGUCUCCAUCUUCUUUGUGGAGUUUCAGGCUCACUUUGGAGCCGACUACUCAACUACAGCGUGGAUCCACAGCCUGGUGGACUGCACCACCAUGCUCUGUGCUCCAGUGGGCAGCCUGGUGGGGAACCGCUGGUCCUGUCGGGUGUCGGUAAUGCUUGGUGGACUCCUCUCCUCCUGCGGCCUCCUGUUCAGCUCCUUCACCAACAGCCUGGAGACGCUCUACUUCAGCAUGGGAGUCCUGACAGGUCUGGGUUUUGCUCUCUGCUACACUCCAGCCAUCGCCAUGGUCGGCUGUUACUUCCAGCGGAGGAAGGCAUUGGCAUAUGGUAUCGCCAUGUCAGGCAGCGGGAUUGGCACUUUUGUGCUGGCACCGGCAGUGCAGCUGCUCAUUGAACUGUACUCAUGGAGGGGGGCAUUGCUUAUCCUCAGUGCCUUUGUGGGCAACCUCUGCAUCUGUGGAGCACUGCUGCGACCAAUCACAGUGCGGGAGGAAAAGGGGCAGGAGAGGGCGCCAACAGGGGAGGAGCGACUUGGUAACGUCUCCUCGCUUGACACCGAGCUCGCCACAAAACUCUCUAAAGAAUCUGGGGACAGCCUUUUGUCAUCGGGUAUGUCCUUGGUGCCAUCUUUGACAUCAUUGCCUCCACUGCCAGGAAGCCAUGCUCCUCAGCUGCAGAGGAGGCGGGGCUUCAGCUCCUUCUUCUUGUCCAGUCAGGAGUACCAGUUUUUGCUCCUGCCGGACUUCCUGGGCCUCGCUGUGUCCUUCUUGUUCCUGGCCAGUGGCUGCAGCCUCCCCUUCGUCUACCUGGUGCCUUAUGCUCUGAGCAUGGGUGUCAGCCACCAGCACGCUGCGUUCCUCAUGUCCAUCCUGGGAGUCAUCGACAUCGUGGGGAACAUUACCUUCGGCUGGCUGACGGACAGGAGGUGUCUGAAGCCGCACCGUGUGGCAUGUUACGUGUUCUCAGUGUGGAUGGAGGGUCUGUGCUGCCUCUUCACACCGCUGCUGCACUCCUUCACACUCCUUGUGCCCUUCGCUGUCCUCUAUGGUUACUUCGACGGCGCCUAUGUGGCGCUGAUUCCCGUAGUGACAUCAGAUGUGGUGGGAGCCCCAUAUCUGUCCUCAGCUCUGGGCGUGGUCUACUUCCUGCAUGCCAUUCCCUACCUGGUCAGCCCACCUAUCGGAGGUUGGCUGGUUGACAUCACAGGAAAUUACACAGCCACCUUCUUCCUUAGCGGCACCGCCCUGCUGGCCAGUGCGCUCAUCCUCUCCACCACCACCGGAAUACGCCGCUGCCGCCGCUGCCACAGGAGGAGUCAUGUGACUGCCGUCUCCAAGGACUCCAAGCACUCUGAGCACAAACCCCUCCCCCUCAGUCUGUCUGACCAAUCAAACUGCUUUGUCUCCUUCAACAAGGAGGCAGUCAGCGCAGCCGUCGACUCGUAGCUCAGAGAAGAUGAGUUGUGCCGAUUUAUUUUGAAGGCCAGUCUAAUAUUUUAUGUUCUUAUCCCUGAGAAAAACAUCCUGGAAGCUCCCACUCAGCAAAGCACCUCAUUGUUCUUUUGUUUCAUUUUUAAGCUGCAGCCUCAUCCUCAGCUCGUCUCCCGUGGUAACUGUUGGGAACAUUGAGAGGAUGAGAUGAUAUCACACACGUUGGGAUGUUUGUAAUGCUGACACACAGGAAAUUAACUUCACAACAAACAGCCACUGCCUGACAUUGACCCCUGACCUGACCCCAACCUGACCCCUGACCUGACCCCAACCUGACCCCUGACCUGACCCCAACCUGAACCCUGACAGACUUUGAACAGUUUGGGUUGAUUGACAUAAGAAGGUUUCAGGUGCUCACUGAACGGUACUGAGUUGUGUUGAUGCCAAAAGUCUAAUUUAGCACUAAUUUAAAGCUGCAUCAGGCACCCGCAGAAAGUUCUUGUGCGGCUGCUUAUGUUCAGACAUUUAACAUUUGAGAACUUCUCUAUAGUUUAAUUUAAAAAAUGGUUUUAUAGGAAAAUGUAAAUAUUUCUCAAAGUAAGACGUCCAAAAUGAUUCUCUGAUCUCAGCUCAAAGAAACAAAACAAAAGAAUGAAGCCAAAUAUGUUUUAUGUAGUUUUUGGAAAAGAAGCCUUGAUCAUUCAGUUAUUGAUUAGUUUUAUGAAAGGGUUGAUUGUGUCAGUUAUUAAUUAGUCUUAUGAACAAGUUGAACGUGUCAGGACUUGAUGUAGUUGUUUGGUGCUGCUGCUGAUGGGAAGAUGGACUCGUGUCUGUCAGGAGAAUAGUUUCAUGUUUUCAGUGAAGGUCAGACGACCAAUGACGUGUUCAGUUCCUAACUCAGGUAUUGAUUAACACAGAAACAAACUGUCUGCAGGUUAGAGAGUUCAGACGUGUUCCUAUUGAGUCUAAGAAGCGUCUUCUUUUCAGCGAUGAUGUCCUGAACUGAACUUGGUUUUGUUCUUUUGCACAAGUUUGUUUUUCCUCUGAGCCGAUCAAAUAAGAUCAAAUUUCCCAAGUUUGUGCCCAUUAAACUUAAAUAUAUCUAAAGAUGGUUUUUAAACUGUGAUUUCUGCUUCUUAGAUCAUGAAUAUUUCAUGCACUACAGAUGAGUUUUCAUGUGCUUUAAGUUACAGAAACAGUGACUGUAAUGAAAACAUAAACCUGGUUAAAUGAAGCGUUAGACUCUGUCUGUUCUCAUGGAUCGACUGUAUCUUGCGUUUUCUCUUCCACCUGUAUGUCACUUUAAAACAUUUCAGUGUGUCGUCUUAAGAUUGUUACAGAUGUCCAUCGUUUCAGAAAAACAUGAAGUUUGUUGUUUUCUUUGUAAAAGUCAGUAAAUUAAAGCACAUUCUGUCAAAGCCA